AUGCCCGUUAUUGUUGUAAACCUCGUAUUUAACCCCCCAGAGGUAUCAUUGAUUGGUAAAGGCCUCUCCACCUCCAUCAUGAAUCGUCUUGAAAGCGAACUCAUCGUGCGAACCACCACCAGCCGUCCCGUCACCGCCAGCAUGGGAACUGAAGGGCCACUUUUUGUACAAAACCCCAACGGCUGCCCGGCUGGAGCGGAGGUUUGGCGCCUCACAAUUCCCAACCAUUACUGCGAUGAUUUGGCCAAAUGUGCCUUUUUUGGAUCAGUCAUCAGCGUUAUGGAAGGUGAUGGAUGGUCACUUGUUUGCAGCAGUGCCACCACUACUUCUGGUGAUGGGAAGGAAAUCUCACGCUUCUUCUUUUCACGUAGGGCUUAA